CAAUCGGGAUCGAUAAUCAAAAAAGCAUGGCGUCGAAAGGUAAAAUAGCCGGAAAGCUUGGCAAAAAUGUCAAGAAAGCAGGCGCCAACAAACAAGAAUAUGCACCGUAUCUUAAAGUUAUCAUACCGGCAGGUUUAGCUGUCGCAGCACCACCGCUGGGUCCUCAGCUUGCUCAGAGAGGUGUUCAAAUAGCAGGAUUUUGUAAAGAUUACAAUGCAAUGACUGCUGAAUACAAGCCAAAGGUUCCCUUGAUAGCUGAUCUGAAAAUUAAUGUGGACAGAACUUAUAGUAUUUCCCUUGUGAGCCCUCCCACCUCAUAUUUCUUAAAGCAGGCGGCAGGUAUAAAGAAAGCAGCCAUGAAACCAGGGCAAGAAGUUGCUGGCAAAUUAUCUUUGAAACACAUAUAUGAAAUCGCAAAAAUCAAAGAGACUUCAGACAAUCGAUUCCGUGGAAUGUCGUUAGAAUGUAUUUGUAAGAGCUUAAUUGGACAGUGUCAUAACAUUGGAAUAGAGGUUGUGAGGGACUUAAAACCAGAGGAUUAUGGGAAAUUUCUAAAAGAGAGGGAAGAAAUUGUGAAAGAACAAGAAGCUGCAUUGGAGGCUAAGCGACAAGCAAAAUUGUUAAGACAAUAAUCGUACUUCAUAAUGAUGAUACAUGUACAUGUUCAAGGAUUUUUAUGUUACAGUGAAAUGUUUAUGACAGAAAUAAAAUAUUUAUGUGAAAUAUCUGUGUUUUAUA